UUCUAUUAAUUCGUAAACGGAGCAAACGAACAAAUAGUCAUGGCCGCAGGGAUAACCACCAAGGAGAGACUGGAGCGCCUGAUGAAUGCAAAGGCGCAGCUAGAGGCACAGAUCGCCAAAAACGGACAAAUCCUGGCCGCCAACGCUAACGUGGGCAUGAACGGGCCUCUGGUGGAUGCGGAAGGCUUUCCCCGCAACGACAUCGAUGUCUACCAGGUUCGACAAGCCCGCCAGACCAUAAUUUGCCUGCAGAACGACCACAAGGAACUGAUGAACCAAAUACAAAGCCUGCUUAACCAAUAUCACAGCGAAAUAGCAACCACAGAUCCCGAGCUGGUAAAUCGCGCCUCGGCACUGGAAUUGGAUGAUGACCGGUAUAAGGCCGGAGCUAAUUUAACAGAUCUGGCGCCAGUUCGCUCCAUCGUCGUUGUGAAUCUAGUCAGUCCAAAUUCGCCUGCAGAAGAAGCUGGACUUCGUGAGGGCGAUGGCAUUCUGCGUUUUGGCUCAAUAAAUAGUAAUAACUUCAAGGGAGAUCUCGCCCAGAUUGGCGAGGUUGUUCGACACAUGCAGAAUCAAAACGUUGAGCUGAAAGUGAAGCGAGGUGACCAGCAGCUGGACCUGAUUUUGGUGCCAAAAACCUGGAGCGGACGCGGACUUUUAGGAUGCAAUAUCGUCUUGCCGCCCGAACCUAUGGAUUGUUGAUUUAUAAUGCUCUUAAUUAUCAUCCUGACCGAUUGACCCCAACAUGUCAAUUGGGUUGGAGUCACGGUGUGUAGCUGACAGCCAGGUCAGUGUGCCAAGGAGCAGCCUUUCAGCUUCAUCACAAGGUGGGAGAGUCAAGGCGAGAGACUGAAUCUUAUUUGACAUUUUGAACUGCGAAUGAAUUAUUUUUUACUAAAAAUAAAUCUUUUUAUUUCAAGUAAAA